AUGUCUGCAGAGAAUUCGACACCAGCGCAAGUCCCUGUGGUCCGAGAGCCAUCGCCGCCAGGGGAAGAAUCUGAACCCCUCCCAGAAUAUGAUGCAGAUGAAACGCAACAAGCGAUAGUCGACAAUACAGCUCAAGCUACCAAUGAUGGACGUAUAGACGUUAACCUUGACUCUAAAAUCGCCUCAGUACUCGCGAGGGUUGUCGACCUUCCAGAACUGCCAGAAUACGUCGAAGCUCCACCAGUCUACGCAGAGCGACCGCAAUGGACACUGUGUCUGAACAUUGUCAUACAGGUCGUAGGAUCGAGGGGAGAUGUCCAGCCGUUCGUUGCAAUGGGCUGCGAGCUCCAGAAGUACGGUCACCGAGUUCGCAUUGCAACCCAUGGUGUCUUUAAGACCUUUGUCCACGACUCCGGACUGGAAUUUUUCGACAUAGGAGCAAUCCUGCCGAACUGA